GUGUGUGGGGAGAAACAGCGCUUUGAGAAGCUGAUGGAGCACUUCCGGAAUGAGGACAACAAUAUAGACUUCAUGGUGGCCUGCAUGCAGUUCAUCAACAUCGUUGUCCACUCGGUGGAGGACAUGAACUUCAGGGUCCACCUGCAGUACGAAUUUACCAAGCUGGGCCUGGACGAGUACCUGGAUAAACUGAAACACACGGAGAGUGACAAACUGCAGGUGCAAAUCCAAGCUUACCUGGAUAACGUUUUUGAUGUGGGAGCUUUACUGGAGGAUGCUGAAACCAAGAAUGCAGCCCUGGAAAGAGUUGAAGAACUGGAAGAAAACAUUUCCCAUUUAUCUGAAAAACUGCAAGACACGGAGAACGAAGCCAUGGCGAAGAUUGUGGAACUGGAAAAACAACUUAUGCAAAGAAACAAAGAACUGGAUGUGAUUCGGGAGAUCUACAAAGAUGCAAAUACCCAGGUUCACACCUUGAGGAAAAUGGUGAAAGAAAAAGAAGAAGCCAUCCAGCGACAGUCAACGCUGGAGAAGAAGAUCCAUGAACUGGAGAAGCAGGGUACCAUUAAGAUCCAGAAGAAAGGUGAUGGAGACAUCUCGAUCCUUCCUGUUGCUCUGGCCUCGGGGAUGGUGCCGGCAGGGUCAGAGGCUGCGGCUGGCCCGUGCGUCACACCGGUCACUGGAGCUGCAUCUUCAGUCCCGUUGCCACCACCUCCACCACCACUGCCUGCCUUAGCAGCGGCAUCCGAGGCAG